GGCUCAGUCAGGAGGAGGACGAGUGUCCGAUGUGUCUCCACAGACCUGAAGCUCUCUCCUCCAGCACGACCUCCCCCACACGCCCGCGGACAGGUCCCUCUCCCGGACAGGAGCUGGGGCCGGGCCGCUGGUCAGCAUGGAGCGCGCCGCGGACGCGCAGAGCCUGAUCUCCAUGUCCCUGAUGAAGAUCCAGAACUCCAGGACGCAGCGCGGCGGCAUCAAGCUGCACCGGAACCUGCUGGUGUCCUACGUGCUGCGCAACGCGCGCCAGCUCUACAUCAAGGAGAGGUACGCGGAGCUGUACCGGAUGCAGCAGUACGAGGAGGUGAUGACGGUCUGCAACGAGAUCCAGGAGCUCGACCCGCUGGACGUGGACGCGGAGGACGCGCACGGAGAGGAGCAGGCGCGAGGCUGCGGCGAGGACACGAGUCCGUGCGAGGCGGCGCGCCCCCGAAACGCGCCGCAGUCGGCGGCGCACGUCCGGGCAGCGAGCUCCCUCCUCGGCUGCUCUCCUUUCGAAGACUGCGGCAAAGAACCGGAGCCGUCGGACUUCCGCAGCUGCUGCAUGGAGGCGGACAACAUCCGGCACUGCAACAAGACCACGGUGCUGGACCUGGACACGCAUGUGGUGACCACCGUGGAGAACGGGUUCCUGCACCAGGACUGCUGCUGCGCGCAGGACGCGCAGGACGCGCAGGCUCCGGCCAGGAAGAGGAAGGUGGAGUCCGGCUGCUGCGCCUCGGACCUGGAGGAGCUGAGCGACUUCACUGCGGCGCGUAAAAGAGCCAAGCGCGAGGACUGCUGCUUCUCCAGCGCGGAAUUCACGGACACGUCCAACAUCUCCAACCUCAUCUCCAUCUUCGGCUCGGGGUUCUCCGGGCUGCUCAGCCGGCAGGCGGAUCUGGAGCAGAUCUGUAGCAAGCAGGCCCUGGCCAGUCUGGGAGCGUGGACCCGGGCCAUCGUGGCUUUUUAAAUCCAACUCCUUAUUCUGACGACAGACAGAGAGACAGACAGAGAGACAGACAGGGAGACAGACUGAGUGAGACAGACUGAGUGAGACAGACUGACUGUGACAGACAGACAGACUGAGUGAGACAGACAGAGAGACAGACAGAG